UGCCAAACAAUGGGCAGGAAAAAGCCACGUUGACGAGCUGGGCUAAAGUCUACCUGAUCCGGUUCUCCUCGAGAAGACGAGCGUUUAUUUUCCUUUAGCGAGCCGCUGCUGCUCAGUUCAGCUCCAGACUCGGUCUCUGAGCCAUGUCCUCUCCGCCUAAAGAGAAGAACGACACCCGGGCUGGACACCCGCCUGCAGUCAAAGCAGGAGGGAUGAGGAUAGUCCAGAAACACCAGACUGCAGAGUCAGCACCGGACAGGAAAGAAGACAAGGAUAGCAAAGAGUUUGAGAGCUGCAGCCCACCAAAGCCAACAGUUGUGGUCUCUGGAGUGGUGACUAGGGGGGACAAGGACUUCACCCCCGCUGCAGCUCAGGUGGCCCAUACAAAGCCUGUGCCAGCGGUGCAGAAGCUGCCCCCUAGCCACCACAUCAACCAGCACAUCCACCAGCCCCGCAAGUGAGGCUCCGCCCCUCCAUCCCUUACACCUGAACCAGUGCACCGACCAUUUCCAGGACCACACCCACCAACCCUCCCCAUGCUCGUGCUCAGGUUACCAGGAACCCCUGGCUUAAAGCAUUCCGCAAGACCCCAUCUCUGUUCGUGCCUGCAAGAGUUCUGCCUUGACCAAUAUCAGAGGAAAACUGCUCGACCCAGUUCUGUUCUCGUUCUCUAGAUCUUUACGACACUAAAUUUUGAGGGCUUCAUCACUAUCACAGAUUUGCCUGGUUAAUUUUCUGGGUGUAUUUAAUGAAAGUUAAAUUGAGCUUUAUUUUUUCUGUUCUAGAGCAGUUGUUUCUGGAAGAAUUAUGUAAAUUGUAUAAAUCUCUUUUGUGACAUCAGUGGAAGAUGUUUGAUGUUAGGCAUUAGGCACUAGGUGUGGCUGUCUAAAUAAAAGAGUUAAUAUAA